UUGUAGUGGGGGGACAUGAUUUAUACCAUAAGUACGGUACUUCAUUCAAAGAGCAGCUAUUUUAUCGACAACUUUUUACUAAGACUUUUCUUGGUCUCGAUCAAGGCUGCACGCGAUUACAAUCAAGUUCAAGUUUUCAAGAGUCUUCAACUCAUAACAGUGACAAUGACCUCUCAGGAAGAAUUAAAUAAUUGUUAUGACAUCGUCAUGGAAUUAAUCAUUCAAUCAGCAGAGAUAAUUCGUGAAGCGAUUCAAGGAGGAAAAUGUAUUGAGACAAAGGCAGGAGAUUGGGAUUUGGUGACACAAUUUGAUAGAAAAGUCGAGGAUAUUCUUAUAUCGGGACUAACAAAAGAAUUUCCCCAUCACAAAUUUAUCGGAGAAGAAACGGUUUCAUUGACAAAUAAUUUGCCAGAAUUAACAAAUGCACCAACAUGGAUUAUUGAUCCAAUUGAUGGAACAACAAACUUUGUUCAUUCAUUUCCACAUACUUGUAUUUCCGUGGCAUUAGCUGUCAAUAAAAAACUUGAAAUUGGAAUUGUUUAUAAUCCAGUUUUGGAACAAAUGUUCACAGCAAGACGUGGUCAAGGAGCAUUCCUAAAUGGCAAACGUAUUAAAAGUUCCAAAGUCCAAGAAGUUGCACAAUCUUUGAUAUGCAUCGAAGCCUCAUAUGCAACAAUAGAAGAUAUCAGAGAUAUUAUUCUUGGAAGACUUGAAGCUUUUGUUACAAUUGCACAUGGAAUACGAACAUUAGGAUCGGCGGCUUUAACUUUAUGUCAUGUUGCAAUGGGAGCUGCAGAAGCCUAUCAUACCGAUAAUUUAAUGCCUUGGGAUGUCGCGGCUGGUGUACUUAUUAUAAAUGAAGCUGGCGGAGUUGUAAUUGAUACUGCAGGUGGAGAUUUUAAUUUAAUGAAACCAAAAGUAUUGGCAGCUGGUAAUAAUAAAUUAGCUCAAGACUUAGUGGAAUUAAUUAAAAAUGCCGACUCUAAAACAUAUCAAAAACGACUGUCAAAUGCACAAAAAUAAUAUUAGUACAAAAGUAUGCACAUCAUAGUGAUGCAUUAAUUACAAAAAAAAAAUUCUAGUCUUACAAUUUAAUAAUUUUAUUACGAAAAUUUAAAAAAUUAAAAUUUUGCAAAUUCCGAAAAGAAACUGUCAACGUUAAUCUAAUUAUAAAUUAAAUUUUAUAACGAAUUUAAAUGACAAUCAAAAACGAAAAAAAAUAAGUAAUAAAUUAUUAUGAGGUAAUUUCAAUUUGUGACUGAUUUUAAUAUGUAUUUGUUUGCAACAUUAGUACAAAAUGUAAUAGAAAAUAAUUUUAAUUAAAUUUUACGGUAUUAUAUUAAAAAUUUAAAUGUACACUUGUAUUUUGUAAAUAAAUUUUUACUUUCACCAGUAUAUAAUUAAUCAA